AUGCCAGUACUACCUAUAGAAGAUUAUCAAACUGGUGACCGUAUUGCCUUCACUGAAGAAUUUAAGAAGAUGAAGCCACCGUUGUUCCAUGAGGGAGUAGAACCAUUGAAAGCCGAAGCUUGGGUCCUUGUAAUAGAGAAAUUAUUUGAGGUAUUUUCGUCUAUUGAGACACAAAGGGUUCAGUUGGCCGCAUUCACUCUAAAGGAUGAGGUGUCUGAGUUUGAGGGACUUAAGCAAGGUAACAUGACAGUAGCUGAAUAUGAAGCAAAGUUCAUAGAGUUGGUUAGGUUUGUAUCGCACAUAGUCGACACCAAUUAUAAAAAGGCAAGAAAGUUUGAAGGCGGACUUUGUAAUGCAAUUUUAGAAAAAGUGAAUGUCUUGAAACUGCCAAAGUACAUGGAUGUUCUUGACCGAGCCCUAAUGUCCAAGGCAAAUUUGGCAUCCCAUAAUCGACCAUUUGAAUGA